AUGUCCAGGGCACAGUUUCUCCGGGAGUAUAAGCUCGUCGUUGUAGGCGGUGGUGGCGUCGGCAAGUCCGCCUUGACGAUCCAAUUUAUUCAGUCGCACUUCGUUGACGAGUACGACCCAACUAUCGAAGAUUCGUACCGGAAGCAAUGCGUAAUUGACGACGAGGUGGCACUUCUGGACGUUCUGGACACGGCAGGACAGGAGGAAUACGGUGCUAUGCGGGAGCAGUACAUGCGCACGGGCGAGGGCUUCCUUCUUGUCUACUCUAUCACUUCGCGGAACUCUUUCGAGGAAAUCAGCACAUUCCACCAGCAGAUUCUCCGGGUAAAGGACAAGGACUCUUUCCCUGUCAUUGUCGUCGCCAACAAGUGCGACUUGGAGUUCGAGCGUCAGGUCGGCAACAACGAGGGUCGCGAUCUUGCGAAGCAUUUCGGCUGCCGCUUCAUCGAGACGUCCGCCAAGCAACGCAUCAACGUCGACGAGGCUUUCUCCAACCUCGUCCGCGAGAUCCGCAAGUACAACAAGGAGCAGAAGGGUCCUCCCGGCCAGGCCGGUGGACCCACCGCUCCCGGUGGCUUCAACCAACAGGGCGUCGAGGAGCAGUCAGGCGGCGGGUGCUGCAGCGGCUGCGUUGUCGUAUAA